CAAACGAUGAUUAAGAUGGACUAAACAUCAAAUAAUUAGAGAUAAAAUAACACCAAUAAGCAAUGUGAUUAAGGAAGAAGACUAGUUAGCAAACCAUAAAUUAGUUCCAAUAAUUCACAAGACAAGUGUCUUCUAGGUAGAGUCCACACCUUCCAACUAAGCUUUUGCCAAAAAACUUAUCUUAAUUUACUUUCUCCCGCUUUCUCUUAUCCAAAAUUCUUUGUUUACCAUUUAAAAAAAAAAAAGAACCAUUCUUUCACCAAGUUCUUGUAAAACAAAACAAAAGAAAACAUGAACACAAACGAUCAUGGCCUUCGCCUCUUGAGCUUAUUCUUCAUCUUUUCUCUUGUUUACUUCCCCUACUUAGCCAUAUCCGAGACGCCGUGUCCGUACCCGUGUUAUCCAACGCCGCCUAUUGGCGGUGGCUCCUCCACGCCCUCCAUGACUCAACCACCACCGUAUCCUCCUCCAGCCGUUAACUACCCUUCUCCAGCUGGGAAUUUACCGAAUUACCCUCCUCCGGUUGGGAAUAUACCAGACUACCCUUCUCCACCAUAUGGUGGCGGAGACGGUAGUGGCAGCAACUUCUAUGGUCCUCCACCGCCGGAUGCUAUCUUGCCGUACUUCCCUUACUACUACAGAAAACCUCCUCACCAAACGGAUCAAACCUCGUCGUCUUCACACGUGGCGGUUGCAGGGAAAUUGACGGUGAGGAUCGUAGCCGUGGCAAAUCUUGUGGUGGUUGGAGUUCUCGGUAACAUUUUGUUUAUAACUUAAUUAGUAACUCUUGUGGAAGUUUUUCUUAUGUUAUGUAAGAAAUAUUGUAAUACUUCAGAAUCAACUGAAGCGGAACUAGAGCAGAAAAAAAAAAUGUUAGGAGGCUAAGAACAUUAUUCGUAGUAUUUCUUGUAUUAUUAAUAGUACUCAUUAUAUUGAUACGGUAA